GUGUGCUGGGAGGCUGGCUGCUUUCGUCGGAUGUUUUUCUCGUCCUGUGUGACGAGCCCAGCGAGACGCCGGGGUCCACAGCCGUCGGUAGUGCUCGCCACUUGGGGCUAUAUUUAACAACCGAAUGACGGCGCUCGGCUAGAAAGCCGUUUUCUACGCCGACAGACGAACGUUAGCGGGGGGGAAAAAAUACAAAAAAAAUAUGGACUUGCACAUCCUGGAUCACAGACUCCGGGUCACCAGCAUAUCCAAGAACGGGCUGGUGAAUUACACCCACCCGCUAAUAAAACUGAUAUUUCUCCGCAACAGGACGCGAUGCAAGUUUUUUAGCCUGACAGAAACGCCUGAAAACUACACAGUUGUCCUUGAUGAAGAAGGAUUUAAAGAGCUGCCGCCCUCUUCUGAGCACCUCCAGGUCGAGGGCUCCAUCUGGCGACCCCUCAACGUUGCCUCCAAUGGCAACGCCUCCAGCAGCUCGCAGGCUGUUGGCGUGACCAAGAUCGCCAAAUCGGUCAUCGCCCCGCUCGCCCAGCAGCACGUCUCCGUCUUCAUGCUCUCCACAUAUCAGACUGACUUCAUCCUGGUGAGAGAGAAAGACCUGUCAGUUGUUGUCAGCACUCUGGAGGAGGAGUUCAACAUUUUCAAGGAGGUUGAAGGAGAGUACAUGUCUGUGGGUUGUAAGGACUUUACCAACGGCCUCCAAAAGAACGGCAAAGAAGCCAUCCAACCUACAGUUCACCCGGUGCUAAUCCCACAGAACCAGUUCUGUGUCAUGUCUCUGGAUCCGGACACGCUGCCAUCCAUCGCCACCACGCUCAUCGAUGUCCUCUUUUAUUCCAACAGCCCUAAAGAAGACAGUGAGUCGUCUGCGGGUCAGGACUUGGACUGCAUCAAGUUCUUCUCCUUCUCCCUCAUUGAUGGAUAUGUCUCACUGGUGAUGGACACCGAGGCUCAGAGACGAUUUCCUGCAGAUCUUCUGUUCACCAGCUCCUCCGGAGAGCUCUGGAGGAUGGUUCGGAUAGGUGGACAACCGCUUGGUUUUGAUGAAUGCGGCAUCGUGGCCCAGAUAUCUCAGCCCCUGGCAGAUGGUGAUAUUUCUGCCUAUUACAUCAGCACCUUCAGCUUCGACCAUGCCCUGGUCCCAGAGGAAGACAUUGUGAGCGUGACGGACAUGCUCCACCAUCAGAGGAAAGAACCGGCCGCCACCUGAUCUUGGCAGUAUUUGCUUCGGCUCAGUGAUCCAGACCCGUUGCGUCCUCCUCACCGUCUCCGGCUCCUCUUUGGACAACAGUAUCGGGAAAGGCGGCUAACCGUGCCUAGAUCACCGCUGCGUUGCCAGCAGUAUUAACGACUACAAGUUCGCCACGGCAGCCAGAAGCGCUUCUCUGUGACGUCCACUCACGGCUCGUCUUGAGUCCUCUUGUCUUAGUUAAGCUAUAAAGGCUACGCAGACCCCCCCUCCCAAGUACACACUUAUGCACACGACGGAGCACAAAUGCUCAUCGGCCCAGAUGCAGGCAAAAACGCACUUAAAUCUGCAGUCAGGAAUUCAGGCACAAACACUUAUAAUGUACCUUUUCUUUUCUAAACAGAAUCCUAGUCUCUGUGGCUAAUGAAUGAUGUAAAGUCAAUUAGUUUGACCGCGGGACUCCCUUAUGUAGCAAGCAGUGCUGACCUGACGGCAUAGUCUUCCUUUUAUAUUUCCAGCACAUAUAAUGAGACUGGGUUUGCUUUGUUUUUGCUAAUUUCCUGAAGACUUACCAUUACUGUUGAAGGUGGCCGUGCGUGUGGUUGUGUCAUAACUUUUCAAGCCUUCCCAGCAAAAAUGUCAAGGAGAGUCUGAAGACGUUUAAAAUAAUUCCCGCAUUGUUUUGAUGGUUAGGCCCCUUCAGAGCAGUGCGCGUAUGCGUACACCAGUUUACUUUACGCCGUGGCUAAAAGCUGCGAGAGCAGUAAUGCUGCGGAUUAUUUUCAUUUGCGAUCACUAUGAGAGAUUUUUUUAACGCAGGUGCUCGCUCGUUUUUUGUUUGAUAGGAAUGUGGAGUGUAAACUUACUUUUUUUUUUUUUAAAGAGGUCAGCAUUUUUUCUAACCACAGUGUCAAGGUCAAUAACACCAUGUCUUAGUUUUUGCUACUUGCACAAUAAACAUUUGAUUUAGUGAAUUCAGUCAGGUUUUUUUUUUUUUUGUUGUUUUUUUGGACACUUGAGUCCUCUUGUCUUAGUUAAGCUAUAAAGGCUAUGCAGAACCCCCCUCUCAAGUACACACUUAUGCACACGACGGAGCACAAAUGCUCAUCGGCCCAGAUGCAGGCAAAAACGCACUUAAAUCUACAGUCAGGAAUUCAGGCACAAACACUUAUAAUGUACCUUUUUCUUUUCUAAACAAAAUCCUAGUCCCUGUGGCUAAUGAAUGAUGUAAAGUCAAUUAGACUUUACAUCAUUCAUUGAUGUUUGACCGCGGGACUCCCUUAUGUAGCAAGCAGUGCUGAACUGACAACAUAGUCUUCCUUUUAUAUUUCCAGCACAAAUAAUGAGACUAACCCCAGAUUUGCUUUGUUUUAAUUUAGAAGACUUUCAUAUUAACUAGUUUCUUCCUUGACAUAAAAGGGAUAAGCGUCUCCGUUUUACACGAUCUCGUCUUAUCUAGUCUCUACUGAUCGAUCUCUGGAGGAACUGCAAAUAUGGCUGGGGUCGGAAGUAUAGGCUUUCUUCAUACAAAUUUAAAUUGGAUGUAUAUUCCUCGUGUUGCAAUCCCCCUGUUGCAGCUGAAACAGCCAUAACAUACGACUUAUGUAGCUAACCUAAUAAUCGUUGACUCAUUUCCUGAAGACUUCCUAUUACUGUUGAAGGUGGGCAUGCGUGUGGUUGUGGGAGGAUGUGUCAUAACUUUUCAAGCCUUCCCAGCAAAAAAAUGUCAAGUGGAAUCUGAAGACGUUUAAAAUAAUUCAAGCAUUGUUUUGAUGGUUAGGCCCCUUCAGAGCAGUGCGUGUAUGUGAACACCAGUUUACUUAACGCCGUGGCUACCAACUACCGCUCGGUAAUGCUGCAGAUCAUUUUCAUCUGCUGGCACUAUGAGAGCUUUUUUAACGCAGGUGCUCGCUCAUUUUUUGUUUGAUAAGAAUGUGGAGUGUAAGCUUACUUUUUUUUUUUUUAAGAGGUCAGCAUUUUUCUAACCAGUGUCAAGGUCUUAGUUUUUGCUACUUGCACAAUAAACAUUUAAUUUAGUGAAUUUCAGUCAGUUUUUUUUUUUUUUUUUACAAUCUGAAGUAUUCUACAAACAUUUGUAAUUUUUGUGCUGCUUCGUUCAUUCAAUAAAAAACAACCUAUCAAAAACGUU